AUGGCCCGUCUCAGCAUCUCCGCUCUCGUCCUCUGCCUCGUCCUGGCCCUGAUGGCAACCGCCCAGCCAGUCAAGCGCGAGGACCCUCUAGCCCUCAGCGGCAACGACUUCGACGCCAAGGUCGCCGAGGAUCUGGCUGCCCAGUCCCUCCAGUCCGCCAGCGAAAUGAUCGACCAGAUGACUGAGAAGGCCAACAAGGACGACAAGAACAAGACCCCGACCUCCAGCGCCGCUGCUGCCGCUCCCUCCUCCAGCACCGCCCACACGACCGAGAACAAGGAGCAGCCUGAGCCUUCGGCUACGACCCCGACCACCUCCUCUGAGGCCACCCCCGUUGAGUCCCCCAAGGCCAGCUCCUCGCACAUCGUCAACGACGACCCCCUAUCCAACAUCCCUCUCAUCGGUGGCCUGCUCAGCGGUGGCGGUCUGAUCUGAGCGUGAGGAGAGUUGCGAUUAUUUUUCCGGGUGGUUGGUUUUGUCAAAUCAGAUCGGAUCGGAUCUGAUUCUUCUCCAUGCGUUCUGGGCUUUACGUGGGAUGACAG